CGCUGCCAUUGGCUGGCCAGGUCGAAGGUAAAGCAGAGGGCUGUAACCUGUUUGCUGGGUCAAAGAGAUACAGACAACCUGCCCAGGGCUUGUGGGUGUGAAAAUGGAUGGUGGAGCAGCUGCUGAUGGGAACUCUGCUCCAUGGGAGAAUGGUAUGACAGCCACCAGUGAAGUGGCACCAGCUGCCUGUCUGCCUGCAGGGAAACAAAAAUCUGGCAAGACCACUCAGCCAGCAGCUGUCGCAUCUCGCCCUCCCGUAGUUCCUUGUGGUGCUUCCAAGACACUCAACAAUGGCCCAGCUAAGAAGCCUAACGUCUCUCAGACCAACCCCUUGAUGCCCAAAAACAGUGGUGUUGGCAACACGUCUGGGAGAGCAGCAGUGAAAAAGGCAGUGGGGGAGAAACCCAGCGGGGUGAAGGCUUCAGAAAAGCUGGUCCAGAGCAAGGAGAUGCAACAAAAACCUGCAAAAUGGGCAUCGCAGCCUGCAGUGCCUGCCCUAAAGUCGACGGCCACAAAGCCCAAGAGACCUGAACAGCCUAAGCCCACCAGGACUUGGUUACCAGGGACUAAGAAUGCAACUUCAUCAGCCUUAAGCAGAGCACCAGUCAGUGACAGAUGUGUAAGCAAACCUAAGCAGACAUUGCCACCUGCUGGUCAGGCUGCAGCAGUGCAGCAACAAAAAAGCACCCAGGCGACGCCAAGAGAUCCCACCAGAGCUGCCACCAUCCCAAAGACCAAGUCUUCAAGCAUUAACCCUACUGUGAAAAAGUUACCUGGCACCAAACCUCUCAAGCUCCCAAAUUCCAAACUGCAAUCUGACCCAGGCCUUGGACAGAAGAAUGUUACCACAUCUGUGAAUGCCAGGCUUCUGGAAAAGAAGCUUUUGGAUGCACCUAAGCCCAGAACUCCUCUCAAGACAGCUGCUGGGAGUGCCCGUCCAGCAACGCCAUACAGAGCCCCCGUGCCCAAGCUACUGGCUGCAGGGAGUAGUCUGGGCAAGAAGCUUCUCAAGAAAGAUGGCCUUCCAAGCCAAGAGCAAGCUUCUCCUCCAAAAAGGCUUCAAAAGGCAACUAAUGAAGAGAAUGUAAAUCCAGCUGAUGGUGAAGUAGAAAGUACCUUCAUUGAGAAUACAAGGCCUGUGGAACUGGAGACCACAACAGAGGUAGAGACUGAUAGUCAGCUUCUCUUGAAAGAACCUGUGACCAGCAGGCUAGAAACACAAGAGACUGAUCAAAGUGUGCCAAUGGACAUGGGAGGGAAGGAGGAUGAGGCUGGGCAGCUGGGUGUAAUGGCUUCGCAUGUGUCAACUCCACUGCUGGAAGCAUCACUUCUGGCCUUUCCUAAUCCACAAGACGUGAAUGUCUCUUCUCCCAGUGGAAUGCCUGACUUGCCUGUCCAUGAGAUCCCAGAGCUUUCAAAUGAAACACUGAAUUUACACACACAGCUACUCUGCCAGCCGUCUUCUCCUACUCACUUGACACUUGGUCCUCAGACUCCACCUUCAGAAUCUCUGCAGUCUAGUGGAGAAGGCACAGACUUCCUGCACUCAAAGGAACAAGUACUUCUAUGCUCAGAUCCUCCAGUGCCUGUUGAGCAGCUGUACCCAUUGCAUGAAAUCACAGCGUCUUGUGAAGAUGUCUGCGGCCUAUCAACCUCCUCCCUAGAAGAAGAUUCCCAGAUACUGUUUAAGGAGGAGGCUCCUGUGCUGAGCUGUGUUAGUGGACUUCCUUCUCCUGCCUCCUUUGUUGGGCUUGCUGAAGAAGUCCAACCUAUGAAGCUGCCAGGGCUGAUGGCAGGAGCACAGGAGGAACCAGCCUUCCAGGUGGAACAGUCUCCCUCAUCCAGCCAGGGAGGUUCUCCUAUGAGAAUUGCAGCUGAGGAUAGUGAAGGGCAUAGUGGCUUUGAUGAACGGGCUGAGGUAAUCACCCUGCCUCUGAGUGAAGACAAAGAGUGGCAGAGGGAAGCUUCUCCUGUGGAGGUGGACAAUGAGAGGUUAAGGAUGAGCCUUUUAGACUUUGAAGCAAAGAUAUCUCCGAGUACAGAGGGCACUCUGGAGUUAGCCACGUCUCCUCAGGCAGAAGAGCCAAACAGAACAGUCGUUCUUGUUGAAGGUGAAUUGGUGGAAGUGCUGCAUAUAGGAGACCAUCCAGACACCGGUAAGGCUGUUGAGGACAAGUCUCGUCUCCCUUUGCUUGCAGGUGAAGCAGCCUUGCUCCCUGCAGAGUCCAUGGGAGAUGCUUCUGCAGGCCACGGUGAUGCACCCAGCUCUGUGGGUGAAUGUUCUUGCAUAGGAGGCCCCGGGGGUGAUGCCAUGGCUGAAGUAUGUCUUGGCAGCCCAAAACAAGAGGACGCUCCCAAGUGCAAAGAUCUUUUGCCCUGCCUUUCAGGGGAGAUGUUGCUGGGUAGUGGCAUUGGCCAGAUGUUGAUGCCCAAGCCUCAGACUUUGCCCUUAAAGAGCCUUGACCUGUUGCAGGAGCCUCCUGCCCCGUUUCCUGAAGCUCCGGAACUGCUGUUGAGUAGCACAGCGCUGAAGGGCCAUUCCCCUGAAAGGGGGAGCUCCUCCAAAUCCAGCACCUUGAGUGGCCCUGACCUGGCUGGCAAGAGCAGCAGCGAGACCAGCACUCCAGAGGAGCUGCGAGACUAUGACAGCAGCUCAGGAGUGGAGUCCAAGUCUGAUGAGAAACUGGAGCAGACCUGCCACCAUCUGCUGAGCCCCCUCGAGGACCUGCCUGGCGAGCUAGACCUGGGCAUCCACAUGGAGAAAGGAGACGACGAGGCAGAGACUCUGCCGGCUGACGAAAUCCUUGGUGACCCACCUACUGAGCCUACGGUGUCCACCUCCGAGGGGGAGGAGGAAGUAGAGCUGGAUGCAGACCUCCUGAAAGACCCAGGCUUCACACAAACAGUAUGCCUGUCCAGGUCUCCCCCUGGCAAGCCCUCCUUGCCCCACUCGGUGGAAGAAUCUGACGAGCCAGGCUCUGGCGAUGCUGGCACAGAGACCCCUGCUUCGACCAACUCUGCGGCUUCUUGCGACGUCUUUGGUGCCUUCCACCUCCAUUCCAUUGACAGCUGUGGCAAGAGUCCCGGCCUUUCUUCCCUGGAGAGUGAGGAGCACUCCACAGAAGGUAGCAAGGAGCUGCUCCCUAAAGAGUUGCACAGCAAGAUGCCUGUGGAUUGGGAGCCCCCAGCACCAGCUUCUCAGAAGGCCCGGGGGCAGGGGGAAGAGCCAUCCCCACCUUUCACUGCCACUCAUAACCUGGCUGCAGGUGACAAUGGGGCUGGCUUGCCCUUCCCCUGGGAACCAUGUCCAUCAGAGAUCCUUUCCACUAUCUAUGAAGUAGAAAGUGGUGCUGAGACAUCUGGCCUGGACGAAGAGGACGGGAGUCGCUGCUUGCGUGCUGCCUCUCAAGAGCAGGGCCUUCACCUAGGAAGCAUCCAGGCUACAGUUGUGCAGCAGCUAAUCAGCCGGACACUGCUUUUCUCAGCAGAGGCACCGUUGGGUGUUGUUGGUGGGAAGGGGCCUUUGAGCAAUGAAGCUGAGAUUAGCAAAUGGACAGAACUGAUAUCCCCUCUGGACGAAUCGCGAGCCAGCAUAACUUCUGUGACGAGCUUCUCCCCUGAGGACAUGUCAUCCCCCCAUGGGGACUGGACUGUGGUAGAAGUAGAGACCUUUCACUGACUUCUUUCUGAGUUUAAUCUUGUGGCCAUUUUUUGGCUCUCGAGUCCUUUCCUUAUAUUGUGACCAGCCAUUCUUGAUGGUGCCUUGGACUCUUCAAGUAUUAUGUAACUGAAGAUAUCCAUUUCUUCUCCCCUUCCUGGGCAGCUGAUGUCAGCAGAGAAAGCUGUGAUGGUUUGUGCUGUUGGCUCUUGGUGUAGCUGACCAUACUGGAGCAGUGCCUGUUCAUCCCUUCCAAGAACAUGCAAACUCCCUUUUGACGCGGUUAUUGGCUUACUAGGUUGUUGAGUCAUUUAUACUACUUUAGGUCUUCAGUUGUAUAGAAUAGAUUCUCUCCAGUACAGGGAUCUAGUCACAAGUAUAAUUGUUUAGUUAAAAUUUACAAACUUAAGGAUGGCACAUUCUCUCACUUAAGGCUGCCACAGUGUAUAAACAAUCAGCUAAUUUGAUGCCAC